AUGAAGACGCCAGCGCUUUUCGUCUCGUUGCUCCUUGGGCUGGCCUCCACAGUUUCUACUGCACAGGACCCGCGGAUCCAGGUCGCGCUUACUCUCCAGCACCCAGUCAACGGCGUCAGUACCACGCCAGACGGCCGCCUGUUUAUCCUAUAUGCCCGCGUCGAUGGUUCAACAGGACCUCAAGUCGCCGAGUGGCACAACGGCAGCAGCCCAACACCUUAUCCGAACGAAGAAUGGAAUUCAUACGUAUCAGGCAAAGAUCCGGCAACACAUUUGAUUCGCACCAACUCGCAACGCAUCGGACCAGAUGGAACAUUGUGGCUCGUGGACACUGGUUCUCCGAGUUUUGGACAGCCAGUCAUUCUGCCCAAUGGACCUAAACUCGUGCAGGUGAAUUUGACGACGAAUAGUGUCGCUCGAGUUUACAAUCUUGGGAACGUCACUCUCGCAACCAGCCUCAUCGACGACAUUCGCUUCAACCCUGCCGUGGGCCUCGCUUACAUCACCGAUGCCGGCGCACCGGCACUGAUCGUACUCGACCUGAACAGUGGUGAAGCCAGGCGCGUGCUCGAGGAUGAUCCUACCACGAAAGGCUUCAUGCCCGCUUCAGGGGAAGGCAAGCUUCUGCACAACUCGAUGGGCGGCUUCGAGUACAUCUACGCCGACCAGCACGAAGUGUCGCCGGAUGGCCGAUAUUACUACUAUCAGCCCUGUGAGGGCGGCAUGUCCCGCAUCGAGACACAAUACCUCAACGAUGCAUUCUACAAUUCCACCCUCGCCAGCGUUCUUUCCCAAUAUCCCGAACCCUAUGCCUUGACUCCUUCCACAGGCGGCACGGCCAUCGAUGCGCAGGGCAACAUCUACAACAGCGACACUGACCGGCAGGCCAUCAUCAAGAUAGCGCCAAAUGGUAGCUGGACGACAUUGGUCCAAGACCCUCGGCUAUUGUGGGUAGAUGCCAUGUGGAUCGACACGUAUGGCAAAUUGUGGAUGCCGGCGGCGCAAUUGAAUCGUGGCACACCGUUCAACGACGGCUCAAGCUUUGUACAGAAGCCGUUGCUUGCCCUCGCCCUUGCCCUGUCUGGAUCACCUAGCAGUUUCGGCAAAGUGUACACCUUGUUCCCAAUGAAAUCCGUCUUCAUGCUGAGCGUCGCCAUUUUCGAAGUCGGAAGCCUAUUAUGCACUUUUGCGACAAACUCCAAGAUAUUCAUCGCUGGUCGUGCUGUGGCAGGCCUCGGUGUCAGCGUGAUCGCAGGCGGCUUUCUGAAGCUCCUCAAACAUCUUUUUCCCCUUCACAAGCAAGCCUUGAUGGUCAGCAUCGUCGGCGGCUGUCAAUCAGUAGGUUUGGUAUCUGCUCCCAUCAUCGGUGGUGCAUUGAUCGACACCUUCACGUGGCGUGCAUGCUUUGGCAUCAACAUCCCCCUGGGUGUCAUGUGCAUCGCGCUCAUCGUCUACGGUUUCGAGGAUCCCCUGCCACACCCUCAUGGUGAAAUGCCAUUCCGAGCAAAGCUCAAGCAAAUGGAUCUCUUUGGCACCUUACUCGCUGUGCCCGCCAUCACCAUUCUUGUGCUGGCUCUCCAAUGGGGCGGCACCCACAUACGGAUGGAACAAUCCCAUCAUCAACGUCUUCUUCAUACUUGCUGGCUGAUCGCCAAGCAGCGCAGCAUGAUCGCGGGCGUCUGGUACACAACAUGCUGCAACGGAGUGCUCGCUAUGACUAAGUAUUACAUCUCAAUCUAUUUUCAGGGCGUCCGUGGCUACACUGCCUCCAAGUCGGGAUUGCUUGGGUUACCCAUGAUUGCCGGGUUCAGUGUUUCCCUCUUAGCUGCCGGCUUGGGUGUUACCCGGCUAGGCUAUUACUUUCGUAAUAUUCCUGCCAUUCCAUUGUCCCUACCGCUGACAGAAAUAUUUCCCGGCUUUUAUGUUGGCUACCAGUAUCCCACCAUCAAUUUUCAGGGCAGCAUCUUCAAAGCUGCUGGCGUGGCCAUCGGCCUGGGUAUCCAGGGACCACAGCUCGCGGUCCAAACGGUCCUGGACACCAAAGACGUAUCCGUUGGUGGUGCCAUUAUGGUGUUCGGGGCCGGCAUGGGCUCGGCGCUGUGGAUUUGCACGUCUGCCACCCUCUUCCACCAGCGCUUGAUCACCGAGAUCAAGCAGUCGUCUCCAACCACCAACGCUACGGUACUCUCUCACCUCGGUCUCUCUGACAUUCGAUCCCAUAUCGGUAGUGAGAAGCUGAACUCCGUGUUGAGCGGCCACAAUGAGGCUGUCGUGCAAACACUGUACCUGCCAUUGGCCCUGAGCAUUCUGACCAUUAUUGGAUCUGUCGCCGCCAUAGAGAGGCGGUCUAUCAAGAAAAAGCAAAGUUAG